CUUCAUUUUCACUUCACUUUUUGGCCACUUGCACUUUAAUAACAAGGCAAAAGUUUAAAGUUGGUUUUAUUUAUUUUUUUCUUUUCAUUUCCUUUUUCUUUCCCUCCCUUCCCCCAGCUGGCCAUGUGAAAUUUAUAAACAAAGGAAAAAAAAAAAAAAAAGAAAAGAAAAGGGGGGCUUUGAAAGGAAGCUUAGGAGAAUAUGCACAUGAACAUGAUAGAAUUUGUGAAAAGCAAGCCAAUGAGUGAACGUGAAUUCCAUGCAGGUGGGAGAGGAAGUGCUGUCACUUGGAAAGAUUGCAGGCCCGAUAAUAAUGACGACACUGCUGAUACACUCCAGAUCAGUUAUUUCCAUGCUUUUCCUGAGCCAUCUAGGCAAAGAAGAGCUAGCUGGGGGGUCGCUUGCAAUGGGGUUUGGGAACAUUACAGGGCUCUCAGUCAUCAAGGGCCUGUCCAUUGGGAUGGAUCCCAUCUGCGGUCAAGCCUAUGGAGCCAGGAGAUAUUCAGUCCUCAGCCAAACCUUCCAUAGAGCACUUUCUCUCCUGCUACUUAUUUCCAUUCCCAUCGCCAUCCUUUGGUUAAAUGUGGAACCCAUCUUUCUACGCUUAGGUCAGGAUCCAGAAGCUACAAAAGUCGCCAAAGUUUACUUGGCUGCCUUCAUUCCGGAACUGGUAGCUCAGGCUCUCCUCCAUCCCAUGAGGACUUUUCUGAGAGUCCAGGGCAUAACCACCCCUCUCACAAUUGCUGCCAUAUGCUCAGUCCUCCUGCACCCUCUGAUCAACUACAUUUUCGCAAUAUAUUUUCAGUUAGGGGUAAAAGGCAUCGCGUUAGCUCUUGCUUGUAAUACAUUCAAUCUUAACCUGGGUUUGAUAAUAUAUAUGCUCAUGUCAGAAGCUCCUUUAAAACCUUGGCAUGGGGUUACAAUUCUCUCAAUCUUUCAAGGUUGGCGGCCACUGCUAGCACUAGCACUGCCUAGCCUCCUUUCAGUGUGCUUGGAGUGGUGGUGGUAUGAGAUCAUGCUGUUCCUUUGUGGCUUACUCAGCAACCCAAAGGCUAGCGUUGCAGCAAUGGGCAUCCUCAUCCAAACAACAGGCUUAUUAUAUAAUUUUCCAUUCUCUAUAAGCGCCAGCAUUUCAACAAGAGUUAGUCAGGCUUUGGGUGCUGGUCGUCCAUCCUGUGCCCAUCGGACAGCGAUAACUGGCCUCCUCAUGGCCUUUGCUUUUGGCGUCUCAGCCUUUGUUUUCAUGACAGUCCUGAGAUCAUGGUGGGGAAAGUUGUUUACGGAUGAACCACAAAUUCUUGAUUUGAUCUCAACUGUGCUUCCAAUUUUGGGGUUAUGUGAAGUCGGCAACUCUCCACAAACAGCAGCUUGUGGGGUCUUAACAGGGACUGCACGUCCAAAAGAUGGCGUCCGCAUAAAUUUAUGUUCGUUUUACCUUAUUGGAUUGCCGGUUGCAAUUCUCACAACAUUCAAAUUCAAUUUCGGCUUUAAGGGCUUAUGGCUUGGGCUUUUAGCAGCACAGAUGUCAUGUGUGUGCAUGAUGGUGUACACAUUGAUUCGAACAGAUUGGAAGCACCAGGCUAAGCGGGCGGAUGAGCUGACUCUUGCUGCAGGAGUCAAAGAUGAUUUAGAAACCAGCCUACUUACCACAGAUCAUUGACUUUCAAAUACAAAAUUGGUUGACAGAGUUUUUAACAGAAUUUUUUUGGUAGACAAGAUCAUUUAAAUCAGUAGAAGAUAUCCUUUUAUUGAGAAUUUGCAGAGCACUGACAGCUUAAAACUAAAACAAAUGCUAAAUUUCUACGUCAUAAAUCCUUAAAUUAUUUUAUUGAUUUUAUUAUCCAAAAUAAAUAAAUAAAUGAUUCACUAAGCCCUCAUAUAGGAUCGUUAAGCCUUCUUUUACGUUAUAAAAGAUAUGUUAUCUUCUAAUUUGCAUAACAACACCUGACUCAGAAAUCCAGUCAUCAUUGCACUCAAUAUUAUAAACAAGUAGCAAAAUUACCAAAGAAAACAGGGGAAAGGGAGGAGGGUUUAGUAUUAAUAACAAUGUGAAAAAGGAAACAAUUACCUUGUUUAAGUCUUGAUCACUACAGUAAGUUAGUAACCCAUCCUGAUAAGCACAGCAAUAACAGAAAAGUUCGCCAUGCUAAUUGCCAACACGGGGAUUAAAAGAUGUAACGCGCCGAAUUCAAGAAAGCCAGCCAACAUACAGUUAAAAGAAUAUAUCUUCCAAAAAUAUAGACAAAAGCAAGCAGAUUGACAGUGUUAAAACAGAAAUAUCAUGAAAUAACAGGAGGAAUGAGUCAGCAGCAAUGAAACAACUACUAAUGCCCUAUGAAUGAUGAUAUAUAAUUUGGCCAGGAAAGAGACUGAAGGAGGUAUUUUGUGUAAUCAAGAUGGAGAGAGAUUUAAGAUUUCCAGCCUGCUUAAUAUAGCAAGUAGUGGCACAUAUAAAGCAACUAAAGUCUAUAAUCUGAUGUAGGACAAAAUACUGUUUUGUGCACUACACCCAGUGUCACAGUCUUAUUGUGGAACCAUGUAAAUCUCACAUCGGAGAGCAAUGCUCCCAACAGGUAGAGCCAUAAAUCCCACAUCAAAGAAAAGCUCCUAAAGGGGAGCUAUGAAUCUCACAUUAGUUAUGUACUAGAGUGAUAUUGAAUAUUUAAUGAUUCACACCACCUUCAACUUGUAAAGCGCCUUUUGUUAGACAAAACAAUGAAGCCAGCAGGCCAAAGUAAACAAUACCUCACAAAAGUUGAUGUGGACCGUGACACCCGGCCAACAAGUUCAUAGGGCUAUUGGAUCAGAGAUUUCCAGUUUUUUCUUUCCUUUUAUGGACCUUAGAAAAAUUACUAUAUAUGAGGAGCAACCAAAGUAAGAACUGUGCUGGUUAAUAUACAAGAUCAAUCUGUGUUUGUAGAUAGUAAGAAACAAGCUAAAAUGCCUCUCGGUCACAGCAGGCAAAUUAUUUUUUUUUUCAAUUUUAUAUAUAAUAAAUAGGUAUAAAAGUAAAACAGCAAGGAAAAAACAGAUAAGCAGAUAGUGAAUUGAUUGAGGAUCAAGUAUAAAAACUAAAAAGGAGUACGACACUACUCAAAAACAAUCCAAAAACCUCAAUGAGAGAGAGCAGCAAAACCAAAAACUUAUCGGCCCAAAAGGAGUAAAAGAGAGUAACUGUGAAAAUUUGAUUGAUAAACACUUUUCACAUUAGUUGAUACAUUAGUAGGGGGGCAAUUCAUAAUUUUCAAUCAAAAUUUCCAUUAUUUUGUUUAGUUGUAAUGUUAUUUAUAAUGUUCACUUGAGUGAUUUUUCUUAUGUUUUAAACUUGAUGGUGUAGGAAAUAUUGGCAAAACAUCAAGUCUUAUGCUUGAUAUUUUAAUCUCUUAAGAUUAAACGCACACUAAAAUAAAUCAAGAAUAAAAUCAAUAAACUAAAAAGUGAUAAUAAAUCCCAUUUUGAAAAAAAAAAGUAAUAUGGAAUUAAGAAGAUGAGAUUGAAAACAAUGCGACAUUGUAAAAAAAAAAACCCUCAAAACGUAAAAUGAUAUAAGCUCAAGAAUGGGCCGCCAGAAAAAAUGAAAACUUUGACAACACUAACAGGCUCAAACAAAAGAAAAUGAAUCAAGAAUAAAUCUAUAAACUAAAAAGUGAUAAUGAAUUUCAAUUUGAAAAAAAAAAGUAAUAUGGAAUUAAUAAGAUGAGAUUAAAAACAAUGUGACAUUGUAAAAUGUAAACUUAAAUAAGUCAAGAAUGGGCCACCCAAAAAAAAUUGAAAGACUUUGACGACACUAACAGGCUCAAACUUUAGUAUAUAUUAGUUAAUUAAUAAUAGUAAGAACUAAUUCUCAACCCACCUGCACUGCAUUCUCUCAAGUAUCAUGCAGCUUUCAUAAUUGCAUGUAUAUAGGGGAAAAAACCACAAUUAUUAACGAAUUUAGCAAUAGAAAUCCACAACAUAAAACCCUGCUCGCAGAUGAAUAUAUCUAUCAUACCCAAAAAGAAAGAGCAACAAGAACUAGUGUGAUUGUAUAAGGAGCAAUCUUCCUUUGAUUUAGAAAUCCAAAUUUAAAUAUUGUAAGUGCAAAGAAUAGCUUUUGUGGCUCAGGAUCUCAAUCUAGCUUUAUAAAAGCUAAUUGGUGUAGAUUCCUACAAUACCAAAUUUGAAAGACUACUCUUAGCUUUCUGCGAAAAAUGCAUACACCAACUACAUAUAAGUUAGUUACAUUAUUGAGAUGGGUGCAACCAUACAAGGAGUUUAGCAUGACAACUCAAUUUGUUCACUCUCAAAUCUUAACCAAAUGCGUUGUAAUGCAUGUUUGGAAGUGCUAAAGUUCAGAACAAUUCUAUACAAUUUCUCCAACUCAACAACAAAGCACAAAAACCAGAAAAAAAGACAGACAGCAAGAGCCAUGCCAAUUUAAAUGUGGUAAUUCUUUGAGGCUUCUUACUGGAGUAUGAAUUUUUACUUUCAUUGACCCAAAGAAUGUUUACUGAUUUUCAAAGCUCACCUGAUUAUUAUAAGCCCAUAAGAGGCUGCGACAAAACUACGCUGCCUCUUAUGCACCCAUACAUCUAUGAAGAAGUUCUUCAAAUUUUCAAUGAAUUACCAGGCAGAAACUUAUCAAGAACCCUCCAGGAUUGGAUAACCAACAUCUGCCUCUCCAACAAAUACUGCAGUUAAUAAAAGCUUGAAACUCCGGUACCCAAAUGACAAAAGAUUAAAAUGUCAUAAUGUAAAAUAGUUAAUUGCUAUUAAGUGUUAACCUAGAGGUAUGGAUUGUGUGGUUGAAGUAGUAGAUAAGUUAUUUAAGAUGGAAGGAAUCAGGUGAUAAAAAUGGGAAAAUAAAAAUUUAUCUAUGAAUGGCAACUUCCUGUGAGCAGAAUUAACAACAUUGAUCGGUGGCCAUUUCAUAAGGAGGAGAACAAUUGCAUCCAAGAUUGCUAGAUGAAAAAUACUUAAGUCAAUACAGACAAGUUGAAUGUAAACAUUCUCAAUAAACAAUGAAAAUGACAGCUAAAAUCAUAAUUCUAUUUUAUUUGCUAACCAGACUUUUGUGGACUGCUUGAAUUCUUACUUAACACCAUGUGUUCCAAUUUAGAUAAAAGGUAAUUCAUGGAUCAUGGUUCUGCUUUCUUAUAUCUUAAGAAAGAGAUGCACCUGUACUACUUAGUUUCAUUACAUGUGUAACACUCCGUCUUUGUUCCAGGGAAUUCUACCAUUUAUAUGAGAGAGAGAGAGCACAAAACCUGAAAGUUUAUCUAUGUGAGGCACUUGAUUUUCAAUAUUCUAAACAAAGAACAAGCACCUUUGGAAAGAAACUGAACACAAAAGAGCUAAAAUAGUUGAGUGCUACAUUCUAAACAUUGCUUAUCUAACUGAAUUAUUGUAAACAGCAUGCCCACUCAAUCUCUAAUAGCUAUUCGGUCAAUCUCAACCUAAAAAGCUUACUUCAAUCAGAAUUUUGGUGCUUAUAGUUACCAAUUAGUCACUUCUACCACUACUUAAAUGUUAAAUCAACUUUUUGGCUAUUUCAACUUUCAGUUAAUGAUAUAAAAAAUCGGGAUCAAUACAAUCCUCUUGUUUGAUACCAGCAUUUAUAUAUCUUAUUUAACAAUGGAUCCAUUAAUAAACUUAAUCCUGGUUAGUCCCAACUUUUAAAAGAUCUAUGAAUCCACAUACGCCAGAAGUAAAAUUGCAUCUUGCUAGACUAGUAUGAAGUAUCUGUACCCAAGCACAUAAAUAGAAGUUCCUUAGUUUUGAUGUUGAGAAGGUAUAAUGCAUCAACCACAAAUCAAGCAACACCAAAGCUAAAGAAAUCACAACUUGUCCAUCUUCAUCAGAUGAAACAAGACAACACAGCAGACCUUCUUCUUUGGCAACCAAUGACAAUAACUGAGAACAGAUUCCUUUAAUGGGAAACUUGAAAGUUUCCUUUGAUCAAGUUGUAUCACGAUCUCUUUUUCCAUUACAAACUGAACCAAAUUCAAUAGUUUACUUUUCUGUUUGGGUAAGUACUGAACUAAAUUCAUCCAGGCAAAGGGGAAAAAAUCAAAAAUAAAAUAAAAAACAGAUAAAUAUUCUAAAUACUGCAACAAACUCAAGCAAUUCUAACUCCACUAUUUGCUUGCUUUAUUGCCCCAAGAGCUCACUAAACAUAAAACUGAACCAAACCCCCAAUAUUCUGGAUCUGGAAUAUCUUCUCUAAAUUGUAAACAAAAUAAAAAUAAUACUAUUAAGUCUCCACUUUGUCAGUUAAAUUUUUGAAAAAAAAAAGAAAGAUAUUCUUACCUCGUAGUUUGACAGACAUCUGAGAAGAAAACCCAGAAAGCAAGCCUGCAACUGAUUGGGAAUUGAAAAAAAAAGAGGUAAGGAUAAUGGAUUUUCAAGCAAAAUGUAGUUAUUUAAUCUUUUUUCUAUUAGAGACCUAUUGGAUCUGCUUGAUGCUCCAAAAGUGAAGAGAGAGUACUGGGUUUUCUAAUGAAAACAGAGAAAACAAGCAACCUUCGAUUUGGUUUCACAGCUGCAAACAUUGAAGUUUCUGCAAAAGUCACAUUCCAGAAAGAGAAGAGCAAAGAGAUUAGAUGAUGGAAUUCGAAACCAACCCCCUGCAACUGGCUUUCGCUUCUCUUCUCUUUUCUUCCACUACUAUGUAGUGUGACUUAAAAGAAGUCCCUACGUGUUCAUC